AUGACGUUUCCAGCCCAGGACGGUUUGGAGCCCCCCGAGCUCAGCAGCGUCGCCAGCGUGGGCGUACCAGGGACCCGGCAGAGACGCGGUGCGGCGGUGCAGCGUGGGAUGGACGCCGGGUCGCUGGACGCGGCGGUGCAGAGUGCCCUCCAGGCCCUCUACCCCCCCUUCGAAGCCACGGCCCCCACCGUCCUGGGCCAGGUGUUUCGGCUGCUGGAGACCAGCUACCGGGGAGAUGGGCUCUGCUGCCUGCUCCAGUUCCUCAUCCCGGCCAAGCGCCUCUUCGAGCACGUGCGGCAGGCAGCCUGCGCUCCCUACUUUAACUGCAUCUUUCUCCAUGAAGGCUGGCCCUUGUGUCUUCACGAGAAAGUGGUCGUCCACCUCGCGCCGCUCAACCCCCUCCUGCUGCGCCCCGGGGACUUCUACCUGCAAGCGGAGCCCUGCGAGGAGCACUCGGCGCGCAUCACCGUCAAGCACCUCUCCCACGACCUGCGCACGGUGGAGGAGACGCCGGUCCCCGAGGCCGCCUACGCGCUGCUCUUCACCAACGAGUGGCUGGAGGAGAUCAAUGGCGACCGGGCCAGAACCCCCCUGCACACCUGCCUGGUGGCCACCGAGAACGGCAUCGCCCCGCUGCCGUGGAGCAAGAUUGCCACGCCGGAGUUCAUCGACAAGCCCAAGGCUGGAGCCGACGGCGUGCCCGCGGGCGCCCGGCACGGCCCCGCUCCUGUAAUUGCAGCAGAGCCAGCAGCACCCAGCGCGCCCGUGCACCACGGCGCGGCGGACAUCCCAGCGCCCUAUGGCAACGUCGUGGGCACCAUCCCGGGCUGCAAGGUCACCUCUCGGAAGUCAAGCCAGGGAAGAUACCCGGGACUGAUCAAGGUGGACCAGGCUGGGCUGCGGAAGAAGCCAGCCGUGCUGGCUGUGCCCAGCCUCUGCGAGAUCAUCAGCCAGAACCUGGAGGGGGAGUACGUGGACCUGUUGGAGCUGUCCCAGGAGCAGCUGGAUCUCCUGGCCAAGUCCCUGCCGCCCGCCCGCCCGGCAGGGCCGAUGGGGGCUGGGGCCGAGGCGAUGCUCCCCUGGGCGAACGGGGGGCCGGGGGCGGACGCCUGGCCCUGCACGGGGGUGCCAGGCUUGGAGAAGGGUCCCUGCACCCCAUGCCUGGGGAGGAAGCUGAGCCGGGAGCCGGGGCCACACAGCCCACGGUGCCGCCACCGUGACUCCUACCUGGCUGCGCUGCAGAACCCGGUGAGCUUCGGCCCCGGGCUGAUGGCAGCUAUUCUGGAGGAGUCGGACGGCCCCGGCCCCGAGCCGCCCCCCACCACCCCCCCCGAGACUCCCACACAGCAUGGGAGGGGGGCUGGCAGCCCCACACUCCUCGCCCGCCGUCCCCGCCGAGCGAGUCCCGGGGUGCCGGCGGAGGCAUUGGCACGGCAGGGCGGCCCCCGGCUCCUCGUGGGCUCCAGCCACAAGUUCUCCUUCCUGAAGGGCCCGUGGCUCGGGGCGGCCCCCGGGGAUGAAAGAGCCACCAGCCAGCACGAAGGGGCCAGGAAGAAGAUGUCUGCCAUCUACUCUCCCAGGAUGGGCAGAGCCAAGCCAGCCAGCAAAGGUAUGGAUGCGGCAGCUGCUGCCCCUGCAGAGGAACGGUCCCUGGAAAGCACCAGCUGCAAGAACGGUCCCUCCGUGCCCGGCACCGGCACCCCUGGCCGGGAGCCACCGGCCUGGCAGGACCUGCACGCCGGGCUGCUGCGCUCGGGCAUCGUGUGCCUGCCAGGGAGCUCGGACAGGCUGGGCAGGACCCUGCUCCAGGUGACCACCAGCGGCAGUGCCUGGGGGGCCGCGUGGUGCUCGGCCGCCGAGCUGGCGAGGCUCAUCCUCUACCUCUGCUCCCUCCUCAGGCGAGAAGCGAAGGAUGGCGGGCUGACUGUCGUGGUGGAUGCCAGGAAGCAGCCGCCUGCUCCCGUCCUCUUCUCAGCCCUCCGCUCUGUCCAGAGCAUCUCGCCGGGCUGCAUCCACACCGUGCUGCUGCUGGCCGAGAAGGAGCUGGUCGCCCACCGCGAGAGGCUGCCCGGGGUGCAGGUGGAGACCCUGGCGUCGCUGAAGGCUCUGGGCCGCUACGUCGACAGCUCCCAGCUGACACAGGAGCUGGAUGGCACCUUCCCGUACUGCCACGGCGAGUGGGUUCAGUUCUUCCAGAAAUUGCACCCCUUCACAGCCAGCCUCCGGCGGGCAUCGGAGCUGCUGCAGAGCUGCAUCCAGGAGCUGCGGAGCGCCGACGCGCUGGCAGGGACGCAGGAUGUGGCCGCGUGCAUCGGGAGGCACCAGGAGCUGAUGCGGAGGGUGCUGAGCGACCCACAGCUGGUGUGCGUGCAGCGCGAGGGGGGGGCCGUGCUGGCCCGGCUGCGCAGGGAGGCCGCCCGGCUCAGCACCUCGGCCGACGUCAGGACCAGCAUGGAGUCGGCCGAGGGGCUGUACAGCCAGCUGGAGGAAGAGCUUCACAACCUGGUGUCCCAGUCCAACAGCUGCCUGGAGCGCCUGGAGUUCCUCCGAAAGGUCCAGGAGCUCGAGGCUGAGUUCAGCAAGCUCGGGUGCUGGCUGGACGGGGAGGCAGCGGCACGACUGCAGGAGAUGGGCACCGAGGAGUGGAGCCCCGACAGCUUCCAGGGCUCUGCAGAGCGGUUUAAUGAGUUCCUCGUCCAGGCAACAGCUCAGUACCGGCACGGCCUGGCCCUGUGUCAGGAGGCGGCUGAGGUCCGAGACGCGGCUUUCCCCGAGGCAGACCCCUUUCAGGUGGCUGCAGCCCUUUUCCAGACGAAGCUGAUGAGCUUCUACAGGCAGGUGGAGCGGCGGCAGGCUGAGCGGGAGCUGCUGCGGGAGCUCAACCAGUUCUCCAGCAAGAUCACGGGGCUGAAGCUGGACUGCAGGCAGUGCUCAGCCCGGGCGAAGCGCGGGGAGGGCCAGGCGCUGCAGUGCCUGCAGAGCUCCUUCCAGAAGCUGUCGGUGGAGUUCGCCCUGGAGAAGCUGCAGGAGAUGAAGGCUCAGGUGCGCAGGAUGCAGAGCAGCCAAGGGCUGGCAGCCUGGACCGAGGCACGGCACAGGUACCAGGAGACCCGGCAGAUCCUGGAGGAGAUGCUGGCAGAGCUGCAGGAGGCCUGGGGAGCGCAAGCCGACGGGCAGGGAGACUCCUUCAGCCCCCCCGGCUCAGGGUCUGCAGCCCCUUGCAAGGAAACCCCGGUCUGCGAAGCAACCGCCAGCCCCGAGCCGGCGGUGUCGGGGGGCCGGGGGGCAGCGGAGCAGCUGGAGCCCAGCACCGGGGGGCCAGGACAGCCCCGGGGACCAGGACAGCCCUGGGCCAGCAGCGUUGCUGGCCCCACGGUGGGCACGGAGCCGAGCUCCCCGCAGCCCCGCCGCCAGCAGGGGCCGGAGGGCGACCGUGCCUUUCACCGCCACGUCUCCGCCGAUGCCUCCCUCCCAAAAUCGCAGAGCGGAGCCUGCCUGGGAGCUGCAGGACACCUCGCUCAGGAGCGCAGCCAGCCCCUUCAGAGGCAUUCCUUCACCCUGCCUCCCCGGGCGCAUUUUCCAGGUGCUGACCCACUGUGUCCCACCACUGUGCCCCAUGGGACUGUCUCAGCCUCCGGCACACACGGUCCACCUGCAGAGAAUCGGGCAGAAGCCACCCAGUACUUCCAGGUUUCCAGCCAGAGCAGUUUCUCUUCUGAAGACUCAGACUCGCAGAACUCCACUGAAGAAGCCCCAGCAGCGAGCCUGGCUUUGCCCCGGGACCUCCAGAAUCCCAGACCACCUUGCCCCUCUGAAAAGCCCUCCCAGAUUGUUUACCUGGAGAACCAUCACACCGAGAGUUCAGCUAAAGCAAAUGCCAAGUAA